UGCUGCUUUGACUCUAGCAAGCUGGAUUGCAUAUGGUAACACAGCAUCAGUAGCUUCUUUAAUCAUCCGUUGUGUUUUUGUAUCAUCACAUUGUGUUAAUGUUUUCCUUUGAUGGUACUGAAAAAGUUCGUGCUACUUUUACAAACUGACACAAAUAUAAGAUGGUAAAUGGGGGGUUUAAUUCAUUUAUAACCUGUCUGGACAAUUAUUUAUUUAUAUUUAUUGCACAAAUAUUUGCUGGGCAAUAAAUGUAGAGCAGUGACUAAUUUAUUGUACCAGAUUCAGGCAUUUGUUUACCCAAGAAAAGGCUUUCCAUUCAGCAAAACUGUAUUUUCUUAGCAUUUAGACUGUUGCUGGAAAUAUACAUUUCUUUUCACCACUAACAAAAUAGUUGCAAUCUGGAAUCUACCUGCAAAAGGGUAUUUCCAUGUAUACUAAAAUUGUCACUUUUCAAGGCAAAGAUUUGACAAGCUGGUCCAUUUCAAAACUGCCACAAUAGCUUCUCCCUCUCACCCAGAGCAAAUGUUCAAGCAUGUUCAAGUGAAAUUAAUAACUUGGGGCUGGGCCUAUGCAAGAGAAGGGUUACCAAAGGUGAAACUGAAAAGCAUGUGUAGGUGUGUUUUUGCUAUCUGAUUACUAAGUGCCAGCUGUUGUGGGAGUUUCGUCUGCGGGCUGAGUACAUCUGAUGCAAUGGAAAGAGGAAAGAAUCAAGGACAGUCAAUACCAUAACCUACUGUAUAGGAGCAGCACCUGGCCCAAGCACAAGACAGAUUGCAUCAGGAUCAGAAUGCUACCCGAGAUUCCAGCCUAUGGGCAGGUGCAAGCAAGAAAGUGCCAGCUGUAGAUCAUUAACUAUAGAAGCACAAUUCUGGACACAGACUUUUCUUGGGGAUUCUGAAGCAGAUGAACACACUGGUUCAGUUCUUACUUGCAUGGCAAUCAUUGGAUGCUUAUACUAAGUCAUGUGGCAAUUAAAAUGUUUGGUUCUGCUAACCCUAACCCUAACCCUAACCCUAACCCUAACCCUUUCUUUUUUCCAUUUUAUUCCAUGGUGCUGUUUAACAUUAAUACAAAGGGUGGGGUAGAGGUCUAGUUAAGAUGCUCAGACUGCCAUCAGUUUGCUAAUGAUGCUGAAUAACCAGAGUAUUGAAUGCAAUUUCCCCUCUGUCUUCUGAACCCAGGAUCUUCAUUUUGUUGAGAUGAAAUGGCAGAAGAGAUAUGAAGAAAGAAAGAAAAAUACAUGGAAAAGAAUUCAUCAGAUCUAGACAAGGAGAGAAGUGUUUGUGUUCUUCCAUCCUUGUGUUGGGGCCUUAUCAUUCAGUGACCCUGUUUGAGGUAAAGGUAAAGGUUCCCCUCCCACAUACGUGCUAGUCGUCGCCGACUCUAGGGGGAGGUGCUCAUCUCUGUUUCAAAGCCAAAGAGCCAGCGCUGUCCGAAGACGUCUCCGUGGUCAUGUGGCCGGCAUGACUCAACAUCAAAGGCGCACGGAACAUUGUUACCUUCCAACCAAAGAUGACAUUCAUCAUACGUAUCCUGAUGUUUACACUGACUGUGGUUGCUUACACAGAAGCAACACAAGAAAUAAGAACAAAUGAAUACUUUGUAGAAUCCCAGUGGUCUUCAGAUAAUUCAGCACGUCCCAAAAACCUGAUGCUCAUCUGUGACACAUCUGAAAGUCAGCAUGGAUCAGUUUAUUGGAAGAAAGGCCUGAAACGGGUAGGAAAUGGCAGGACUUUGACAAUAAGAAUCAGAGGGACUCCAGAUGCUGGCAAUUAUACCUGUUGGAGUGACACUACACAUGAGCUUCUAAGUUCCAAUGCUGUUUACAUUACAAAGAAGAAUGAAAAAGGAGAAAUAGAUGAACCAAUUCUCAAGAAAGAUCCAGAGAAAAAGGCCUAUUUCUACUGUGAAGCAAAUAAUUAUUCAGGGAACUUCACAUGUUUUUGGAAAGUGCAGAGUCAAAAUCCAAGCUUAAAAUUUCGGAUUGAAUAUGAAGAUGGAAAUCAAAUGAAGUCUGGAUCUGGAACACUAAUUUGUGACAUUAAUUCUGAGAAAACAAACACCGAAUAUUCGGCUUCCUGCAGAAGAGAAAAUCCCUGUUCAUAUACUGAGGAGUAUGAACCAAUUGUAGUGUUUCUUCAUGUUUUUUUGACGGAUGUAUUUGUCUAUGAGAAACAUACUAGACGUUUCUUCAUCAAGGACAUCUUAAAGCCGGAUAUUUCUCCGUGCCAAGUUACCACAAAUGGCACAUUGAUUUUGUUACAUCCUGCAACCUGGAGCACCCCAGUUUCUUAUUUUGGGCUUACAUACCAAAUCAAAAUGGUUUUCAACAAUAAUGAACAGUUUUCUGAAGAAUCAUUAUUUGAUCAUGGAGACAUCAUGACCAUUACUAAGAAACUGCGUUGCUAUUCUGGCUACCACUGCUUAAUUCGAUCCCGGGAUUAUUAUAACACCCAUUCUGCUUGGAGCAAUUGGUCAAAUUGCAGAUAACGGAUCAACUAGACAUCACAGGAAUCUCAUGUGAGAUCAACCAGACAAUUCCAUCCACGAGAUCAGAAGGAAGUAAAAAAAAAUUGCAGGUGUCAGAACUGAAAAUUAACACCUGCUGAAGUUUUUGUUAUACUUAUUUAUGUAUUGUUGUAAUUGUUAUUAUAUAUUUAUAAAGGACUUUUAAAAUUGAUGCCUUUAGAAUUGUAUCAGUUUUCUUUACCUAGAAGCCUGUCCCCAAUAUUGGGACAAUAGCUCACAGAAUUCCCAGCCAGGAGGAUGGAAAAAUUCCAAGCCUACGCAAUAUAAAUUGAGAAUUUUGUUACAGAAAUCUGUAAGAGAAAAUGUUUAAAGAAAAAAGUUUUGUGAUUUUGUUUUUAUGUAAUAUUUAAAAUAUUUUAAAGUCCUGUGGUAACUGAGUUCAUAUAUUUACUGUGUAUUUAUCUGAAUUGGUGGUGGAAAUUAAAUUUGCCUCCCUCAUUCUUGGUUUUCCAUAAAUUUUUAAAAACUGAAUUGUUUAGAGGAAUGUACGGAGGAUGAAUUGAUACCCUUGCUUUGUUAUCGUUG